CGCAGAGAGAAGUUUAACGUUUUAUUUGGAAAUCGUCAGUUUCAUCGUCAAUCAUCGUUCUGAUUUGAAGUUACCGUUUUUGCGUUUUGGAAGAAUCAAUUGCAUUGUCACUUACCGGUAUUCUUGGAUAUCCUGCAUUUCACUUGUCAUUUUCUGCUUUCGUGUGAGUUAACGUUUUAUUUGGAAAUCCUCUGUUUCAUCGUCAAUCAUCGUUCUGAUUUGAAGUUACCGUUUUUGCGUUUUGGAAGAAUCAAUUGCAUUGUCACUUACCGGUAUUCUUGGAUAUCCUGCAUUUCACUUGUCAUUUUCUGCUUUCGUGUGAGUUAACGUUUUAUUUGGAAAUCGUCAGUUUCAUCGUCAAUCAUCGUUCUGAUUUGAAGUUACCGUUUUUGCGUUUUGGAAGAAUCAAUUGCAUUGUCACUUACCGGUAUUCUUGGAUAUCCUGCAUUUCACUUGUCAUUUUCUGCUUUCGUGUGAGUUAACGUUUUAUUUGGAAAUCCUCAGUUUCAUCGUUCUGAUUUGAAAUAAUCAGUUGCAUUGUCAGUUACCAUUUUUGCGUUUUGAAAGAAUCAAUUGCAACGUCACUUACCGGUAUUCUUGGAUAUUCUGCAUUUCACUUGUCAUUUUCUGCUUUCGUGUGAGUUAUAGUGUUGAUUGGAAAUCCUCUGUUUCAUCGUCAAUCAUCGUUCUGAUUUGAAAUAAUCAGUAGCAUUGUCAGUUUCCGUUUUUGCAUUUUGAAAGAAUCAAUUGCAUCGUCACUUACCGGUAUUCUUGGAUAUCCUGCAUUUCACUUGUCAUUUUCUGCUUUCGUGUGAGUUAACGUUUUAUUUGGAAAUCCUCAGUUUCAUCGUUCUGAUUUGAAAUAAUCAGUUGCAUUGUCAGUUACCAUUUUUGCGUUUUGAAAGAAUCAAUUGCAACGUCACUUACCGGUAUUCUUGGAUAUUCUGCAUUUCACUUGUCAUUUUCUGCUUUCGUGUGAGUUAUAGUGUUGAUUGGAAAUCCUCUGUUUCAUCGUCAAUCAUCGUUCUGAUUUGAAAUAAUCAGUAGCAUUGUCAGUUUCCGUUUUUGCAUUUUGAAAGAAUCAAUUGCAUCGUCACUUACCGGUAUUCUUGGAUAUUCUGCAUUUCACUUGUCAUUUUCUGCUUUCGUGUGAGUUAUAGUGUUGAUUGGAAAUCCUCUGUUUCAUCGUCAAUCAUCGUUCUGAUUUGAAAUAAUCAGUAGCAUUGUCAGUUUCCGUUUUUGCAUUUUGAAAGAAUCAAUUGCAUCGUCACUUACCGGUAUUCUUGGAUAUCCUGCAUUUCACUUGUCAUUUUCUGCUUUCGUGUGAGUUAACGUUUUAUUUGGAAAUCCUCAGUUUCAUCGUUCUGAUUUGAAAUAAUCAGUUGCAUUGUCAGUUACCAUUUUUGCGUUUUGAAAGAAUCAAUUGCAACGUCACUUACCGGUAUUCUUGGAUAUUCUGCAUUUCACUUGUCAUUUUCUGCUUUCGUGUGAGUUAUAGUGUUGAUUGGAAAUCCUCAGUUUCAUCGUCAAUCAUCGUUCUGAUUUGAAGUAAUCAGUUGCAUUGUCAGUCACCGUUUUUGCGUUUUGAAAGAAUCAAUUGCAUCGUCACUUACCGGUGUUCUUGGAUAUCCUGCAUUUCACUUGUUAUUUUCGGCAUUAGUGUGAGGUCUUGUUGUGUUACGAGUCUAUCAACUUGGAUCAUUAUUGGAGUUUUAAUUGAAUUUGUUGUCAACAAUGCUUUUGCUGAAUGUUGUAAGGAAACUUUGCUUUGCUGCAUUGGACAAGAUUCUGCGUGUGUCGUGCAAAAAACAUUAUCGAAUGUCAUUAUAGAAACUUUUUUUGAUAAACCGUGUUAUUGUACAUGUAUAUAGUUUUAAGAUAGAUUUUAGUUAAUUGUUUAACAUUUAUUAUUGUAAUGAGUGAUAAGAAAAAAGAAACAAACAAAUCUCCUCCAUCACGUGCAGAUAUUGAAAAUGCACAACGUCGCGUUGAACAAAUAAAUGCGAUUAAUAGACGCAAUGUUUCGCGACAAUUUGUUCCAUUGUUGCCAAGGCGUAGUGAUAAUAAUUCGGGCAGUAAUCAUAAUUCAAAUAGUGUUGAUAGUAAUCGUAUUCGUACAGUGUACAGUAGAUUUACUCCCUUAUUUCCGCGUCGUUGUCAACAAUCUGACAAUGGUCAGAAUUGUAAUGUGAAUCGAGUACGUCGACAGUUGUUUCCUCCGCGUGAUGAAGAACAUUUAAAUCAAGAACAAAGUGCAUCUACAAGUGUUAAUUUUGUUUACCGUCAAGAUCAAUCUCAAGAAAUAAUACCCACGAAUCAUCAACAGUUGUUUCCUCUUCAACAAGACGCACAUUUAAAUCAAGAGCCAAAUGCAUUGCCAAGUUUCAAUUUUGUUUACCGUCAAGAUCAAUCUCUUCAAGAAGACAUCUCCGCUGAUCAUCGACAACCUGAGCAACCUUUUCUUAACGACGAAAAUACUGUAAUGUCAAUUAAUGACAAUUCUCAGCCUUUUAUAUCAAACAUCAACAAUGACGAUAGAACUUUGUCGUGGCAAAAAAAUUUAAAUCUUUUAAAUAUUGAAUCAAGUGAAUCUGGCGAUUUGGGUGAAGAAAAUGAAUUUCAACGCUGUCCAAUUCCAAGGAAGCGAUUUAAAUUAAAUUUAGGCAGUGAUAAAAGAUGCGAAAAAACAACAAACGAAGCUGAAAAUGAAAAAAACACGCCAACAGAGAAAUUUAAAUUACCAAAAUCGUUAUCGACACAAAAAAAUUAUGCCAACGAACCACAACCGUCAACAAGUAAACAAGCUGAUGUACAAGAUGCAGUUUCAUUUAUAUCAAUGGUCACAAAGAAGUCAAUGAAGAAAACUACUGAUAAAAUACAGAAUACCCGUAAAAAGACUCCCAAAAAACAAUCAUUGAAAAACAAAAAAGAAACACCUCAAAAAGUCGAUAAAUCAUCAACAACAGCAGUAGACGACAACGACGAUGAUGAUGAUGAUGAUGAUGAUGAAGAUUUAAAACUUCAAACAAAAUUUACGAUAAAGACUGGUUUUUCUGAUUCUUUUUGUUGCUGUCCAGAACUUCGGGAUUUGGUAAUUAAUCAAGUGAAAGUGCUAUCGAGAAUGACUAUAUUGGUUACAAUUUUUAUAAACUUUGCACUUCGUCAUCCCACAAAUGAUUAUUUACGUAAAAUCUGGUCCGAACAAGGUCCCGAUUAUAAUUCAAUAUUUCCGUUGUUUAAAGAAAAUUCUACAGAACCAAGAACUGAUGCAAAAAAAGAAAUGCAUAAUAAAUUGAAAAAUGAAUUUAUUCCUCAGUUUAGUGAGUUCAUGGGUGGCAAAUUUGAAUUAUUUAAUUGCACAAAUCUCUCUUCUCAAAUACAGGAAAUGGCAAUUCAAUUAAAUGUCAAUUACUUGACAAAUCUUCAUUAUCAUGCCAGGAGUCGACUUGCUACGUUCUUCAAACAUGAAUUAUUUAAAAAAAACAAAUCUACAAUGAAAUUGAAUAAAAAGGAAACUACAGAACGCCAACAGGAGCGAACAAGAGUUUACCGUGAAAAAAAAUUAAUUCGUAGAUUACGUAACAAGAAAAAAAGGGAGAAGUGGGCAAAAAAAAAGAAAAAAAUAAAACAACUGUAUCGAGAAGAAAGAAGAGCAAGACGUGCUGAAUUAGAAAGGUUACAUCCCUAUGAGCCGCAUGUGGAAAAAUUAAUUUUUAGAAACGUUAAAAAAUUAAAACAAAAUCGCGAUAUAAUACAAAGACAAAUUGUUUAUGAUUUACCUCCAAAAGGCAAAAAUAGAGGUAAAAAAUAUCGAGAACGUUUAACAUUAAAAAAAAACAACAAAAACUGGGAAAAACCAUCACGUAAGAACAAAUCAUCGAAGCCAUCGACAAAAAAAAGUAAAAUUAUUAAUUCUAAAGAGGCCACAAAAAAAGUGCAGGACAAUGAAGAGGAGGAAGAAUUGAAUCAUAGGAAAAUCAUUAAAACAAAACUUGACAAUCUUCUCAAAUACAAUGAAUGUGAUAAUGAAACUCUGAAGGCCUUGAAUUUGGAAAAUUUGGAUUUUCGAGAUCUUAAAAGAAGAAAGGAAUGUCACAAAUUUUUUAUAUUUUUUCAUCGUUUACAAGAUUAUUUUGCACGUGAAGGAAUCAAAAGUUUUAUUCUUGUACCAAUCAUGAGUCCUGGUCUAAAGUACAUUACGUACACGAAUACGGCGUUAAAACUGUUGGAAACUGAAUUGAAAAAAGUAGCACCAGAUUAUACAUGUACUAAAAAAGCACCGGAAAAGUUUACCGUCAAUGAAAUUACAGCACAAGAACUCAUGCACAAAGACAUUAUUUCGCCAUUAAAAGAAAAAUCAAAGUUGCUGCAUGCUGAAAAAAUUGGUUUGGAAAGAAAUUUUCAAUAUUUGGAAAAAGCAAAUAAUCCAAAAAAUUCAGAAGAAUUGUCAAACAUAAAAAAUCAAAUAAAAGAAAUUACAAAAAAAUUGACUCCAAUCAAAAAGGAAAUACAAUUGGAGAACAAACGACAUCAAGACAUUAAAAAUCAACGACGUCCGGAGAAAAUUAAUGAAAAUGAUGAAAGAUGGAACAACAUGUUUGACAUAUCUAAAAUACAAGUCAACAAAGAGAAAUUGAAAUUUUCCAAAACAAUAAUGACGGAUGGUGUGGCUGUGUCUGUAAUUUAUAAUCUUGUUAAACCAAAAAAUAUAACAAAUUUUUCUCCUUUACAGCAACAAGAAUCGCGAGAUUUAACAAAAUAUGAAGUGUUCAAGGGUCUUGACCCAGGUUUGAAAUUUGGAUUUGCUGGAGUAGAAAGAAAAAUGAAUGAUAAUUUCGAUAUUAAAUGUAUAGAUAAACAUAUAAAAAUUUCUACAAAAUCUUACAGAUGGCAAACUCAGGAGAAUAAGAGACAAAGCAUUCUUUAUAAUGAGACAAAAAAUUAUAAAAAAUAUUAUCACGAUUUGCAAGUAAGUGAAAAAUAUCGUGACAAAGUAAAUCACAAAGAUCCUCAACAAAUUUUAAUAUCAACAGAAUAUUUAUUGACAGCGCUAAAACGAAACCAACCUUAUUUUGAAAAACGAAAAAUAGCGGCUUUGAAAUGGGACAAGUACAUGUCAGUACAACGUGAAACAGAUCUCUUAGCAAAUUACAUGGUUGGCGAUGUAAAGAGGAAACAACUGUUGGUGAUUGGAUCACCUGAAAUAUCACCAUGGAUGCGUGGCCACGUGCGGAUGCCGUUAAGAAAAGUUGUGAGGAGAUUAAUCGAAAAGCAAUCUAAAUAUCCAAAUUUACGAAUUGUUUUUAUCGAUGAACAUCGAACCACAAAACUUUGCAGCACUUGCAACGAAAACAUGGACAUUUUCAGAAACAGAACAGCUUAUUGUGCAUCAUGUAAAAUCUCAUGGAAUCGUGAUGUAAACGCGGGUAGAAACAUUUUAAAUUUGGGACUUGUGAAAUUGGGAAUAAUAAAUAAAGAACAAUUGCCAAAUUGGAGUGAUUUUCGAGCGUUAAAAAAUAUCCAAGAUUGGAAUAAGUAGGGGGAGAUUUGUCUUUCCAAUAGUCUUCUCACUAGAUGAGGGGUAAAGGGGUUAGUUUAAUACUGCCUCUUUUUUACAUGUCCGUAAGGACGUAGGGAAAAGCGAGGCAAAGCCGCUAAUGUAACUCUAUUUUUGAUUUCAUUAUAUUUUCGCGCGGUUAUUUAAAUUGUUUUUCAAUUUGAAUAGAUGGUAAAGUAGAUAUUUUAAUGAAACAGUGGAGAAUCGAAUUCAAAAUGUUAGGUUAAAAAUACAAUGAUUAUUUUUUUUUAAAUAACUAAAAUUCUUUUAAAAAUGUACUAAAUACUUAUGUUUCAAAGAUAUUCGGCCAUUUACUGCAAGUUCGUACAGUUUUAACGGCUACAAUUUUCUUCCUUUUAAAAAUAUAAGCAAAAACGUCGCUGCCUCGCCAUAAGGGGCAAAGCCGUUUUUUUGCAUCUUCUUGAAAAUAAUUAAAUUAAAUAAUCAUGCUUAUAAUAAAUUAAAGAAUUAUUAUUAAAAUUUGUUGUUAAUUAGUUUGAAAUUAAUUAGAAAAAAAAAUCACGUAAAUUGAUGGUGUAAUAACGAAAAUAUUUACAAAUAAACGUUACAUUAGCGUCUUUGCCCCGCUCUCCCCCUAGUUGUUGAGUAUUAAAAUAUAAAUCUGUGAUUAUUUUUUAAGCCUUUUUUUAAAAAAGUAUAUUGAUCAAGUGUAAAUCAUCUUUCUUAAUUAAAUUCGCAAAAUAAAAAUAGACCAAGUAGAAAUAAAAUAUACUUAUUUUUUUAAUAAUUAAAAUGAACUUUAAAUUACUUACAUUUAUUUAAAAUCGGAAAAUUUGAAAUAAUUGUAAAUUCCUUUUGUUCAAACUCAAACACCUACGCAACACUUAACAAUAAUAACUAAACUGUAUAAAAAUAUUAGUUUUCUUGUGUAUCAUACUUAACGAGUUUUAAAUGUUUUAAAAAUAAUAUUAUGCAUAUUUUUUUGGAAGCAUAGAAUU